AUGAAGGACAAUUCUACAGCUUCCCUCGUGGUUGAUACAACCGACCGUCCCACAACUCCGACACUACCAACCCCUCUUGGAUCCAAGACUCCGCCGACAAUAUCUUCGAAGCGCUUCGGACACAACGACGAAGGCAUGUCCGCCAUCCAACGAGCCACCGAGGCCAUGGAAGCCGACGCCCUGAACCGGAGGUUAAAAGAAAUCGAGAAUGCGGGAAGGCCGCGGGACAGAACGCCAGGUCGCAGUCCUAGCCGUAAGAGACAGCGGAUAUAUGGGGAUCGAUUCAUACCGAACCGCGAUGGACAAGACCUCCAAGCAAGCUACAGCUUGUUGCAUGACGAUGCCUCGCCCGCGACGCCUUCAAGAUCAAAGAAGAAGACCCCUCAUGGCGAACUACACUUUCAGCGAACGGAAGAAGCGAACAGGACAUAUUCCAAGGUCCUGCGCAACGAGCUGAUGGGCGAUUCAGUCCCGCAAGACUACAGGUCUUUGUCCCCGGAUGAAUUGUUUGGCCGACGACAAACCCCGCCAGGCCAACCAUCGAUAUCAGCCAUGCCUCCUGCUUCCAUCACCCCUACCACCCCUCACAAGAAUAUGUUCUCCUACAAGUCCCCUCAGAAGGUGAUCGGCUCAGGCCAUCCCACUCCCUCGUCUCGGGCGGGAAAACAUCCAGGGAUUAUCAAUCUCAACGCGAGAUCCGAUUUGUACUCCAUAUCACCCAUCAACUACUCAUCACAGUCCAUCUUGCAGACGCCGCGGAAGCAACCUCGACCAAUUGCCAAAGUCCCCUACAAAGUGCUGGACGCUCCUGAGUUAGCGGAUGACUUUUACCUGAAUUUGGUGGACUGGGGAUCGGCGAACAUCCUUGGUGUAGGGCUCGGAUCAUGUGUCUACAUGUGGAACAGUGCUACUGGCAAAGUCACACAGUUAUGCAAGUUGCCUGACAAUGACCUGGUGACAUCUGUGGCGUGGAUCCAGCGAGGAUCACACCUGGCGAUUGGUACACACAAGGGAUUCGUUCAGAUCUACGAUGCGGAAAAGUCAAGAAGACUGCGGACUAUGACCGGCCACUCGGCGCGGGUGGGAGCGUUAGCAUGGAACGACCACAUCUUGACCUCGGGCUCGAGGGAUCGACUGAUAUAUCAUCGUGAUGUUCGCAGCCCAGAUCAGUAUCUGCGGAGGUUGGCAGGUCACAAGCAAGAAGUGUGUGGUCUACGAUGGAACACGGAAGAUGGUCAGCUCGCCUCAGGCGGCAACGACAACAAGUUGUGCGUUUGGGACAAGCUCUCCGAAACACCUUUGUACCGGUUCUCGAACCAUGUCGCGGCCGUCAAGGCGAUUGCUUGGAGCCCGCAUCAACACCACCUGUUGGCUUCGGGUGGCGGAACAGCAGAUCGCUCGAUCAAAUUCUGGAACACCGCAAACGGGUCUCUCAUCAAGGAGGUUGACACAGGAAGUCAAGUGUGCAAUCUCGCCUGGAGCAAGAACAGUGACGAAAUCGUCAGUACCCAUGGCUAUAGCCAGAACCAGAUCGUGGUGUGGAAGUAUCCCAAGAUGGAGCAGGUUGUCAGUCUGACCGGACAUACCUUCCGUGUCCUUUACUUGAGCACGAGCCCAGACGGGACAACUGUGGUCACUGGGGCGGGAGACGAGACGCUUCGGUUCUGGAGGGUGUUUGGCAAGAAGGGGAACGAAGGGAGAAACAGUGACGGCAUUGCUGGACGGUUGGGCGACUGGGGCGCGAUUCGAUGA